AGACCAGGAUCAGAGAUGUUUACCAGAGCCCAGACCAUGAUCCUGGAUCUACAGGGACUCAUGGUCAGACUGAUGGAGAACUCCUCGUACAACAGCCUCACGCUGCAGCUGGAGGGGCUGAACGCCUCCAAGGGCUCCCUCUACCCCGUCUUCCUCUUCUUCUUCUUCUCCUACCUCAUCAUAAUGUUAGCAAACCUAGGCAUUGUUUUCCUAGUUUUCAUUGAUAAGAACCUUCACCAGCCCAUGUACCUUCUUUUCUGCAACCUUCCCUUUAACGACAUCCUGGGGAAUUCGAUCACGAUGCCUCGUUUGAUGAUGGACAUGUUGCGGCCUCCCUCUGAGCGCCUCAUCAGUUACUAUGAGUGUGUCGUCCAGGCUUUCACCACGCACAUGUAUGGUACCAGCUCCCACACUGUGCUCAUGAUCAUGGCCUUUGAUAGAUACUUAGCCAUCUGUGAUCCUCUGCGCUACGCUUCAGUCAUGACCAACAGGAUGGUGGUGAAGCUGACACUGUCGGCCUGGAGCGCGGCCUUCGUUUUAGUGGGGAUCCUCCUCGGUUUGACCAUUCGGCUGAACCGCUGCAGGACUCUGAUCAUGAACCCGUACUGUGAUAACGCCUCUUUGUUCAAACUGUCCUGUGAGAGCGUUUUCAUCAAUAACGUCUACGGCCUCACCUUCACCGUGGUCCUGUUCACCUCCUCCAUCGGCAGCAUCAUCCUCACCUACACCAAGAUCACUGUGGUCUGUCUGACAGCCAAGAACAAGUCUCUGAACAGUAAAGCCUUAAAGACCUGCAGCACUCACCUGGUAGUGUACCUGGUCAUGCUCAUCAGCGGCUUUUUUGUUAUUAUCAUGCACCGUUUUCCUCAGUAUGCAUACUACAGAAAGUUUGCUGCCAUUCUGUUCCACAUCAUCCCCGGAGGUCUGAACCCCAUCAUUUAUGGCAUUCAGUCCAAAGAGAUCAGGAAGAUGUUACUGAAGUUGUUUGAGUACAGGAAAGUUUUACCGUCUUGA